UCGCUCUCUCGCUGUCGCUCUCGCUUCGCUCGUCUUGUCGUCGAUUGAUUUCUUCCUUGUUUCGUCCAAGUCACAGCAAGCGACGCCAAUCUCCGGGCAGCGUUCGAUGGAUACUGUUGAAAUGGACUACAUGGAGGAGGAGCAAACUGCUAGGACAUUUCCUGACCAAUUUCCUUCACCAGAUCCCGUUUGCAGAAACGGUAUUUACGAUGAACCACAACUAUGUCCUCGGAUAGGAGAUGAGUACCAAGUGGAGAUUCCGCCACUAGCAACAGAAUCACAAUGCCUUUCGGUAAAAGCAUGCGUAACUAGUACCAGCAACGUGCUUGCUGUUGACCAUCAUGUUGGAGUAGGAUUACCCAUUUCAAUUAUGUGGGUUCAACGUGUAGGUGAUGAUACCAAAGUUGCUCAGAAAGAGUUUUCUGGUACCAACACAGAGAAAAUUCGAGCUGAUGAUGUCAAAGUUGAUCAAAGCUGUUCUAUUAAAAGCGAGUCAGUGGACUACGGAAACACUGAGAAAAGUCAAGCUGAUGCUGUACACAAGAUAAUGACUAAAUCUCCAGAAAAAAGUUCAAAUAAUUGUGGAAAUCUUUGUAGCCUUACAUGUGAAGAUGAAUGUAUUGGCACACAAAAUUGUUGCAAAGAAUUUGGUGAAUCUAUAAACAAGAGGAGAAUGGAUAGUGGUGUUCCUCUGCAGCGAUUUAGUGAAGCUAAUGGUGACAGUGCAUUGCCUGGUUCACCAUCUUCCUCUUGGAGUGAGGAUGAGACGCAAAGUUUUCUCCUUGGUCUUUACAUUUUCGGAAAGAAUCUAGGUCAAGUGAAAAGGUUUAUUGAAUGUAAGAAGAUGGGAGAUAUACUCUCCCAUUAUUAUGGAAAUUUCUACAAAUCUGAGGCCUAUUGUAGAUGGUCAGAAUGUAGAAAGAUAAGAAGCAGGAGGUGCAUUCUUGGACACCGUAUUUUUACUGGAUGGAGACAACAAGAAUUUUUAUCCCGUGUGCUACCUAGAAUACCAAAGGAUGUCCAACACACUCUGAUGGAGGCCACAAAUAUACUUAAUGAGGGCAGGGUUUCUUUGGAAGAAUUUGUUUGUACUUUAAAGACAACAGUUGGUUUGCAAGCUUUAGUUGAAGCCAUCGGAAUUGGAAAAGGACAUGACCUCACUUCCAUUAUCUCGGAUCCAGUUAGAUCAAAUCAGUCACUAUCUAUUCGGUCUGAGAUUCCUGUUGGCAAAGCAUGUUCUUCUCUUACGUCUGGAGACAUCAUCAAGAUUCUAACAGGUGAUUUUAGGUUAAGCAAGGCAAAGUCAAAUGAUCUGUUUUGGGAAGCUGUUUGGCCUCGUCUGCUAGCCAGGGGAUGGCACUCAGAACAACCGAAAGAUGUUAGUUCCAAGCAUGCAUUAGUGUUUCUUGUCCCUGGUAUAAAGAAAUUCUCGAGAAAAAAACUUGUCAAAGGUCAUCACUACUUUGAUUCCGUUAGUGAUGUCCUAAAUAAAGUAGCAUCAGACCCCAGCCUUGUGGAGUUAGAGGUUGAAGGAGCUGAUGGCACUAAGGAUGAAAAUGGGUGUGCCAUGGAUACUGAAUCGAUCCAAAAUGGUCUGCUUGAUCGUCAACGUCACCACUACCUCCGUCCUAAGGUUUCAAUUUACAAUUCUGAACUUAUGAAGUUCACUAUUGUGGAUACUAGUUUGGUGCAAGCUGAUGAACCAUUUAAGGUGAGAGAACUGAGGAGUCUACCCAUUGAGGCCUUGAGUAACUGCAGUCCUUUAACUCAUACAGGACAAACAGGAAGUGAUAGUUCAGGAGAUUCAGAUGAUAGUUCAUCAGAUGAUCAAGGAGACUAUGAUUCAGACGCAUUUGACAAUAAGAAGCCCAAAGUGAGCAGCAAGGGCAUCGUUGACAAGGCAGUGCAUGCUGCUCCAUCUGGGAAUGCACUGACUUUAUCAAGCACAAUAGUACCAACGAAUGGUUACAUUUCAAGUGAUCAAUGCCUUGGUCAGCUAAAUGGAAAGCUGCACAUAAAAGAUACCAAGUCUCAAUUCAGCCGCAGGGCAAAAUCUGAACGACAGUCUUAUUUAGCACCUAUGCCUAAACGAAGAAGGUUGACUGCCUGCAAGGAACAAAGUGGUCACCGUGCUUACUCUCUUUUGAAUAGCCAUAAACUAAUGGAGGAAGGAGCUCAGCCCAAGUUGGGUGCACAGAAAGCAAGUGAUGAUAUUGUUGGAGACAUGCAUCCCAAAAUUUCAACCAAUGCUGGUCCAGGUCAGUUGGAAAAAUGUGAUUUUAAGGAAGAAUGUUGCGGUAAUGCUGCUACACUCGAGGCAACAUUCUGUGAUGGAAAGCCUGGAUCACGAAAUUUGAUUGAUCUAAAUGUACCAUUGGAUUUUGAGAAUGGCGAACAUCUCAACUCAGAGUUGGCUGGCAGUCAGCAUGAUCUGAAUGAAGUGGAAGCUGUAAACCUCACAGAAACAAAGCAGCAGCUUGAUGGUUUUGGGGCAGUGGAGAAUCUUACUGAAGAACCUGGUGAUCAGCAGCCUCUGGUCAAUUCUCGGAGGCAGAGUACCAGGAACCGACCUCCAACUACCAAAGCUUUAGAAGCUCUUGCAUGUGGGUUUCUCGGAACAAAGCGGAGGGGAAGAGACACGAGGGCUUUAUUGCCAGGUAGUGUGGCAAAAAGACCUUCCCGUCAUGUGCAUAAGACCGUGGAGGCCCCAGCUCCAGCUCCAGCUCCCCCAACAAAUACCAUCAGUUCCGCAAUUGGACUUUCAAAUGCCACCACAGUUAAUGACUUGUACAAGGUCAAUAUUCACCAGGUACAUACGUCCGGUGAGUCCUGUGUUCAGCCUGAUGGUGAUGGGAUCCAUAAUCUGCUUAGGUUUUCUUAGCAUGAGCAUCACCCUGGCAUCAUAAAUGAGAACUACAUUUGCCAAGGAGAUAUAUGAUGUGUCCCAACUGUUGGCGUCAUCAGCAGCGGGCUGGUUCUUACAGUGAGUACCUGACCAUGGAAUAUAAUAGAUCCAUGUCAACGGGAGCCACUCGCACAGGUGGUCGAGAAUGUGUUCAUUCUACACCAUGCUUUUCUGGUCAGUUAGCAUCCUCUAGUAGAUUUGCUUGUUCCCAUUAACGAGAAUCAGAAUAACAGAGAAAGAUUCUUCUGUAAGGUUCAUUGGAUAAGAAGAAUAAAUUGAUCCUGAAGGUUCGACAUCUCUGUUGACACCACAGAUUCUUCAUCCUUCUGGUCACAUGAUAGAGGCUGUUCAUAUUGGUUUGUUUCAUCGUCUGGUACCAUAUACCAAGCUUUCAAGUAGCAGUAUCCGGUCUACAAAGAGCGAUGGCAAGAACUUCAAAGUGGCCAAGUAGAUUUUCUUUGACUAUAUGCAGCAUUUGGCACUUGAUGAUGAUGAUGAUGAUGUCCGUAUUGAAACUGCAGUUGGUAUCCAUUUGGAUCGUCGCUAGAGGCAUGAUGUCUCUUCUCAGCAUGCAUUGUCACAUGAUGUGCCCUUCACUAAAUCCAGUUUUCGUAAGCAUCGAUUACAAAUUUGUGGCAGCAUUUAUGCAGGUACCAUUGUCAAACCCUGUAAUGAUUAUAUAUGCAAGAUAUUUAUCCUUUGACAAUACUAGUUUUCUACUGCAAUUA